AUGGGUUCCAGCGCCAAAAAGAAGGCAGAGAAGAAGAAGGAUUUUCAGAAACCCAAGUAUAAGGUGGGAAAGGCCAAGCCAAAGGCCUCAAAUUUCACAGACACAAGCUUCAGAUCAAAAGCGAUUGUUAUGAACCAGCAGUCACUAUCAACUGUUGCCCCCGAUGUCGUUCAGCAAUUCAAGCACAACCUCUCUCUAGCUUCUUCCUCGCGGAAUGAUAAACAGCGCCGUGACGCCUUGGCAUACCUCACCAGCCAGCUCUCUUCACAUCCUCCAGUCAAUCCCGUCGGGACCAACAUCCUCCUCUCUAAACUCCUCCCUCUCAUCUCAGAUAGCUCAACGCCAGUCCGGAGUCAACUAUUAAAGCUGCUUCGAGUACUUCCCGAAGAUGAAGCAAAACACAGCACCGAGCAGGCCAUCAUGUUUAUCCGGGCAGGCAUGACACAUCUGUCAGCUGAUAUUAGCGGCGACUCUCUUGGAGUGAUGGAGUGGCUUCUCGACGUGGCUCAGGAUGAGCUCGUCACCAUCCCAGGUGGAUGGGUCAAGACUCUGAGUACUUUUUGCGUUACCAUGGGCUGGUCCCUAGCAUCGGCCGCUCCAGGCUGGACCUCAGCUGCUAGGACAGGACUUCGAGCCAAGGAUGCCCAGACGCUCGCGCGCCAGAUAUCAAUAUUGUCCAGAUUCCUCCAAGCUGGGCUCAAAUCAGAGACUGCCGCCGCUCCCGGUCCUGAUGAAUACUGGGACAACCUCUACAGGCUGCCCCGUUCCUCAAACACCUUUGAGUAUCUGAACUUGCUUGGGUCAAGACGAGACGAGGAGGGAGAGAUGUAUCCGAAUCGAGAGGCAAGGCAGCAAGUAUUUUAUCGGCGGUUCUUCGAUCCCGUAACAAAGGGAAUCGAAAAAGUGAAGAAGGAAGGCGGAGCGGCAGGGAGAGCGGCCGUUGGACUUGACCAGGCGUUGAAGAGUGGGAUGGGAGAUUACGCUGCCGCUGCUGGAAUGGAUGCUCAAGAUUUGUUGAACCUGUGGUAA